CUUCAUAACAAUAAUUUGUCAUCUCUUCCGAAAGAGUUUGGUGAACUGCAAAAUCUUACCACACUUAAUCUAUCAAGUAAUCAUUUUAGCGAACUUCCUGCUUGUUUGACUACACUAUCUUCUCUCGUCGAGCUGCAACUUUCUUCAAACAAAUUAACCGGUGUUUUAGACUCUUCCUUUGGUAAUCUGUCUAAAUUAGAAUUACUUGACAUUUCAUCAAAUGAAAUCACUGGACUGCCAAAGGAGAUCGAAAAUUUAAAAAAUCUUCGAAAAUUAAGUCUUGCAAAGAAUAAAUUAACAGAAAUACCUGGUAUGGCAAUAAGUGGAAUGAGGAAUUUGGAAGAACUUGAGAUUAGUGAAAAUAAAUUACAAAUAGUGUUUACUGGGUUGGACGGUCAGACGGUCGAAUUACUCUCAUUGAAAAGAUUAGAUAUUCGUCAAAAUCGAUUAAUAGCUUUGGAUGAAUCUCAAAAUGCUACCAUGUUUCAUCCAACAAUAAAACUUCCUAAACUUAAAGAGUUUCUUGCUUCACUUAAUCUGUUUGAAACUUUUGGUCCUCUACUUCACACAACACCUGAUCUUGAGAUUCUUGAUAUUGGGGACAAUAAAUUUCACGAACUUCCUGAAGGUUUAAUAACAUUGAAGAGUCUAAAGCGUUUAGAUUUACGCAAUAAUGACCUUAAAGUUUUGCCAGCCGAGUUAGGUAUGCUGACAGCUCUAGACUUUUUGGGCUGGGAAGGUAAUCCUAUAAGAAAUGCACCAAAAGGUCCCAAAUCUACGGCUGCGGUGUUAAAAUCAUUAAAAGAUAGGUUGACAACUGUCGACUUUGAAAACAUGGACGAGCCUACAAUUCCAGUCAAAACUUCCACAAUGGGAACUGUAAGCCAGCAGAAUAUUUCAUCAAAGACAUUAGAUCUUUCCAAGAAAUCAUUAACUACAGUUUCUGAGGAAGAUUUACAAGAAAUUGCGUUUGAACCAUCAACUGUAUUACUUGGAUUUAAUCUACUUCAGACUAUCCCCAUUAGCUUCAAUUUAUUUAGAACCAGCAUUACAUGUUUUCAGUUGGAUCACAACAAGUUUACCACGUUUCCGACAUUUGAAGAUAAAUCUAUAAUUUUUCCGAACGUGAAUAGGCUGGACCUGUCAGCAAAUCAGCUCACCUCUUUACCAGAUGACUCACAACAAACACCGUUUCCAAAUUUACAAGUACUUAACGUUAACAAUUGUCGAAUUGAAACUUUACCAGCCAAAUUCCCAUUUCCUAAGCUGACAACUUUUCUUGCCACAUCGAAUUUACUUACAUCUAUUACUCCAUCGACAUUUGAAAAUAUGGAAGUGAUUGAUAUUUCCAACAACAACAUCAAUUCUUUACCUCCCCUGUUAGGCGAUAUUACAACUAUCAAGACAUUACUUGUUGAGGGUAAUUCGUUUAGAGUUCCAAGGUACACAAUAGUGCAACAAGGUACUGCUGCUAUCAUGGAAUAUUUACGAGGAAGGAUUCCACGAUAA